UUACCUAAGCCGCAGGCAAGGGACUUGGGCCGUCGCUCAUGUUCACCAUGCGCCACAAUGUCUUCUGUUGAAUCUCUUUCACCUUAUGGCUGGCUUGUUGUUGCAUGGAUAACCGCAAUUCCCUUUGGAUAUGGAUAUCAUAUAUCUGUGCUCAAUCAGCUGCACUCUGUUCUGGCUUGCGAAUCAAGUCUAAUUCCCAAUAAUCUUCCGACAUGCUUUGAACUCAACGACUUUACUUUUUCCGCGGUGACAUCAGUAUUCAACCUUGGUGGACUCUUGGGCAGCGCUCAGGCAAAUGUGUUAAUGGAGAAGUUUGGUAGGAGAGGAACAGCACGAAUUAGUGCACUGUUCACUGCUCUCGGCAGUGCAAUUAUGUGUCUCAGUGGAAAUGUCUCUUUAUUGGGCAUAGGAAGGUUUCUGACUGGAAUAGGAUCUGGCAUAGGCAUCUGUCUCGCGCCCUUGUACAUUGCUGAAGUUGCCCCAAAGAGCAUUGCUAGUACACUCGGCGUAUUAACUCAGCUGGGCAUCGUCCUCGGGAUCUUCUUUACCCAGCUCCUCGGUGUAUACUUCUCUUCCCCGGAUGCAGGUCCGAAUGCUUGGCGGCUCGUGCUAUUCUUCUCGUUCGCGGUUGCUUUAAUACAAGUUUUCAUGACUGGUUUUAUGGUUGAAAGCCCGCGUUACCUCCGCUCUAAGAGUCUCAGAGCAGGAGAAGAAGCCCGCGCGAUUGAAAGACGAAUAUGGUUGCACGGAGUCGGAGUCGGAGGUGAUCCUGCCGCAAGCCCUCUGUUGGACGAACGCGAUCCUGAAGCACAUCCUGUGGCCCCACACGGAAACUUCUCUGCGCUUACCGCUUCGCAAACUCUAUUCAAACCGCCCGCAGAUGUGCGUUUGCCGCUAUUGAUUGUAUGUUGCGCUAUGGUGGGACAACAAUUUUCUGGCAUCAAUGCUGUCUUAUACUAUUCGAACGAUAUCCUAUCUCAAGCACUCCCAGAACUAGGAAAGUAUGUCAGCUUGGGCAUCACCGUCGUGAAUGUCAUUAUGACAUUUCCACCGAUCCUCCUCAUCGAAAAACUUGGGCGGAAACCCUUACUAUUCUUCUCAGUUGCUGGGGCUUUCAUAUCUCUCACUGUCCUGGGUAUGUCCCUGAACUUCGCUGGAGCCGCAGCAAGCACGGGACCUACUGCAUGGACAACAGUCUCUUCAGUAUUUAUCAUCUUCUUCGUAAUGAGUUUUGCUAUCGGUCUGGGACCAGUACCAUUUGUCAUGAUUUCCGAAAUAGCACCGUUCUAUGCUGUAUCGUCUCUUUCAACAAUAGCCCUCUCUCUCAACUGGCUGACCAAUUUUUCCGUCUCACUGCUUUUCCUUCCCCUUCGCAAUGUACUUUCGGGAGGUGCUCCGGGUGAUCCGCACCAUGAUCCAGGGAAGAUUGGGAGGGUGUUUUGGGUGUUUGCUGCUAUACUAGCACUGGUAAUGAGCGUCGUUUGGAGAAAGUGGAAGGUUUAAAUACUUUUGGGACAUGGGGAUAUUAAUAAUUGCUUGCGUACAUAAUCUCGUCGGAUCAUCAUGCCGACUGCCUAAUAUGGGGGGAUAUAUACAGCUUUGACCAGCCAUUCAUUGUCUUUGAAACCUUUUCUUAGAGAAGAACCGGAGAAGAACCUAGUGCUAUCAACAA